AUUCAAUAGAAAACAAAGCAGAGAAUUAACAAAGUCAGAAGAAAGAAAGAUUUAUAAAUUUUUGAAAGAGAAGAAAAAAUGGAGGCAAUGCCACUAUUCAAACCAUGCAAAAUGGGCAAUUUCGAACUCUCUCACAGGGUUGUUUUGGCACCUCUAACAAGAAACAGGUCUUAUGGAAACGUACCCCAACCACAUGCGGCCUUAUAUUACUCGCAGAGAGCCACCAAUGGAGGUUUUCUAAUUACAGAAGCCACUGGAGUAUCAGAAACAGCUCAAGGGUAUCCAGAAACACCAGGAAUUUGGACAAAAGAGCAUGUCGAAGCAUGGAAACCCAUUGUGCAAGCUGUUCAUGACAAGGGUGGCUUGUUCUUUUGCCAGCUUUGGCAUGUAGGCCGAGUUUCCACUAGUGAUCUCCAGCCUAAUGGAAUAGCUCCAAUCUCUAGUACUGACAAGGGAUGUACACCUGGCCUCUACGGAGUGGAUUGGACAGCUCCUCGUCGAUUGAGCACCGAUGAAAUCCCACAAAUUGUCGAUGAUUUCAGGCAUGCCGCAAGGAACGCAAUUGAAGCUGGUUUUGAUGGAGUUGAGAUCCAUGGCGCAAAUGGUUACCUUAUCGAUCAAUUCAUGAAGGAUCAGGUUAAUGACAGAACAGAUGAGUACGGUGGAACCUUAGAGAAGCGAUGUCGCUUUGGACUAGACAUUGUCAAAGCUAUUACGGAAGAGAUUGGAGCUGACAAAGUCGGAAUGAGGCUCUCACCUUUCGGGGGAUUCAUGGAAGCGGGAGAUUCAGACCCUGAAGCUCUCAGCAUUUACAUGGCUGAAUCACUAAGCAAAUACGGAAUCUUGUACCUCCAUGUGAUAGAGCCGAGGAUUGAGAACGAUAAAACCCUUGGCAGUACCUUAACGACCAGGAAAGCUUUUAAGGGGACUUUCAUUUCUUCUGGAGGUUAUAAGAGAGACGACGGUAACGAUGCUAUCGAGGAGAAUCAUGCUGAUCUGGUUGCAUAUGGUCGUCUGUUUUUGGCUAAUCCAGAUUUGCCUAAACGUUUUACCAUUGAUGCACCACUUAAUCAGUAUAAUAGGGACACAUUUUACACACAAGAUUCAGUUGUUGGAUACACUGACUACCCAUUCCUGGACCAAGACAAUUAGUCAUAAUGCCCAGUACUAGCUUUCUGUUUGUUGCUGUUUUGCUUAUUUGUUUUUACGUGGCUUUCACUUGUGUUGUUCUUGUGUAACUUAGUGAUUAAAGAUCAUUCAGAUCUUUUAUGUGAAAGCUAGUGCUGUUUUGUACUAGGAUUUCAUAACAGAAUAAAUGUUACAAUUUGCUAUUGUUAUCGUACUUCA